UUCCCGGGUUCUUCUUCAUUGCAACGAUAUCAGCUCCUCAAAUCAAUUGAUCUGUCUUGAAAUAACAAGAAAGUUCUACAAACUCCCUAAGUACAUUUCCAGUCCGAAACACCGCCAAAAUGGUUAAGGCUGUCGCUGUCCUCCGUGGUGACUCUAACGUCAAAGGCACCGUUACUUUCGAGCAAGAGUCCGAGUCUUCGCCCACCACCAUCACCUACGACAUUUCAGGCAAUGAUGCAAACGCCGAACGAGGAAUGCACGUUCACGCUUUUGGUGACAACACCAAUGGCUGCACGUCCGCUGGACCUCAUUUCAACCCGCACGGCAAAACCCAUGGAGCUCCCACUGAUUCCGAGCGCCAUGUCGGUGACCUAGGCAACUUCAAGACUGACGGUCAAGGUAACGGCAAGGGAACCAUCACUGAUCAAUUGGUCAAGCUCAUCGGCGCUGAAAGCGUCAUCGGGCGGACUGUUGUCGUACAUUCCGGCACUGACGAUCUCGGCAAGGGUGCAAACGAGGAAUCCAAGAAGACCGGAAAUGCUGGUACUCGCCCAGCUUGUGGUGUCAUCGGAAUCUCUUCCUAGAAAGCUCAAGA